AUGUCAAAACAAGGCACAUGGUGUGAUAACAUCAUAAUGCAAGCUGUGGCCAAUGCAUACAACUGUGUCAUUCAUAUCACACAGUCUAAUAUAAAUUCACCUGAAAGUACAAUCUUAACUCCUGUUGCUGAUCAGGAUGGACGAAAGACAAUAUUUAUUGGAUAUAUUAACGAGUUGCAUUAUGUUUCAACAUUGACUGACAAAAACAGUAGAUAUAAAACAAACUCACAUGCAUAAAGAGAAAAUUAUCAGAAACCAAUGAAAACAGACAUGGUAGACUUCUUAAGCACAGAAAUUACAUGAAAAGAGUCAAAUAUACAGAAACAGCUAAUGAAAGGGCAAGCAGACUUGAAGGUAAGAGAGGCACUUAUAGAAAAACAAUGUCUGAAGAAACUGCUGAAAAGCGAAAAGAGAGACUUAAAAAUAAGAGAGACACUUAUAGAAAAAGAGUGUCUGAAGAAACUGUUGAAAAGCAAAAGAGAGACUAAAAAGUUACAAAGACUCUUAUAGAAAAAGAACGUCUGAAGAAACUGUUGAAAAGCGAAAAGAGAGACUUGCAAAUAGGAGAGCCAGUUAUAAAAGGUCUCAAACAAUUUCUGCAGGACAAAAAAGAGAGCUCUGCUGGUCCAGUUCACGAACAAAAACAUGCACAAAAUAACAUGAACGAUUUUCAUAAGUCCAAUCAGUAUUCAGUUUGCCAAUGCACUGUCUGUUUUGAAGCAUGGCCAUUGAAAUCCAGUCCAAGGAAGGUUGAUCACUACCAGUGUCAGAGGUGCAUACGAGAUAAACAACAACAAAAAAAGUUUUCUAAGGAAAAUGACAUGGUGCCAUCAUUAGUACCUUUACAACUGCAGGGGUUAACCCAAGUAGAAGAAAUGCUUAUUGCACGUGCACUUCCUGUUAUGCGAGUUUACAUAAAACCUGGUGGACAAAGGGGCUAUUCAGGCCACUGUAUCAAUUUGCCUCAGGAUAUAGCUGAACUAGCACAUUCUCUGCCUAGAUACCCAAAAGAUCUAUCUGUUAUUGUUGUUAAGAUGAAAGGUAAAGAGAACAGUUUUAAAGAUGUGACAGUGCGAAGGCAAAAUGUAGCUGAUGCACUACAAUGGCUUGUUAAUAAUAACUCACACUACAAGGACAUAACCAUCAAUCAAAAUUCUUUAAAUUCUUUACCAGAACAUGGUGUUCCACAUGGUCUUCUCUCGGUUGAAACAGAGAAUAUAGAUUUGGAUGCCACAUGUGAACCUGACUUAGGUCCUCAAAAUGAAGAUGAGUAGUUUUCUGCCUAUUCCAGAGUGUCAGCAGCAAGAAAUAGAAGCUGUGCGCCAACAAUUGUCUAAUGAUUCUAAUCACUUGCCCUGGCCAACAGUUGGCAGUGAACCAUUAAACGAGUAUGUAACUCCCUUUUUAGCAACAAUGGCUUUCCCAACAUUAUUUCCAGAUGGUAAGGGUGAUCCUACUAACCCAUCAUUACGCCGAGAUAUACCACUCGGAGAAAGAGUAAAGCACCUUUUAAAGUUUGGAGAAAACAAGAAUGACAAAUGGGUAUAUCGCUUUGCUACUCACCCCAGAUUUGGUUACUGGGCAUUGAAUAUGAUACAAAGAAAACGUAUUCUGCAACAGACAGGCAUGUUCCUAAAACAAAACCCAGGAGAAGCUCAUUUGACUGCUGAAGAGCUGCGGCAAAUGGCAACUAGCAAUAACACAAGUAUGUUUAUAUCUAAGAUAUCACGCUAUCUUAGUAACAUUACUGGUUCUAAUGCUUAUUGGCACAAAGCUAAAGAAGAUUUAAAAGCAAUAAUAGCCCAUGCUGGAGCUCCAACACAUUCUUUUUCACAUUCUCCUCUGCUGAUAUGCAUUGGCCUGAACUUCAUGCAAUUUUUGGUAACUCAGUCAGUAAUAAUUCAACUGUCAACAAACGGCAGAAUGUGAUUAACAAUCCUCAUAUUACAGACUGGUUCUUUACACAGCGUUUAGAAAGUUUUAUUAAAUACUGGUUAUACAAUUCACUAGAUGCUGAGUGGCACUGGUACAGAUUUGAAUAUCAAGCUAGAGGUAGUAUACAUUGUCAUGGUGUAG